CCUCAUCUCUUUCUGCUCCUACUCUCUUUUCCCUCCUCUUUCUCCUCCCUCUAUAUAUAUUAUUUCCCUCCUUCCAGAUGCCAAUCAUUCUCCCUUAUCAUUCACCAGCAUCUCUAAAACAUUUAUCAAACAUGCUGAAAAUGGAAGUUGUAAUACCUCCACCCACCAUGGAUUUCGACUUCAACAAUGCCAAGCCUAUGCCAUUCAUGAGCGCUCCUUCUACUCCUAAACGUUUUGGCGAUUUCUCUCUUAGUGCUCCCACUAGUCCUUCACGCGUCGCCGAGUUCUAUGGUCAUUUUGAUUACUACGCUUGGGAUGCUAACUCUAUACCUGUAUCGCCCAAGGCAGUGCCCAACAAUAGUGGAGAUAAUUUCGCUUUUAAUUUCAGGUCUGAACUGCAGGAGAGUUCUCUCUCUGCAGAAGAACUUUUUGAUGGUGGCAAAAUCCGGCCCUUGAAGCCGCCUCCUCGCUUACACGUUGAAGAGAGAAGUCCGCUUUUAUCGCCAAGGUCACCCAGAUCUCCAACAGCUCAAGGGAAAAAGAUUAUACGUGAGGUUUUUUCUCGGAGAAAGAAGAAAGAUUCAGAUCCUUUUGCUGUUGCUGCUGAAAAUACUCGAAGGAGAACAGAAAAUGAUGGUAAAAAGAGAAGCGAAAAUGAUAGAGGUACAGAGAGAGGUCCAGCUUUAGCAUCGAGUUCAAGCCGCAGAGCUGCAAGAUCUCUUUCUCCAUAUAGAGUUUCUGAAUAUCCGUGGGAAGAAGAAGAAAGAAAGCUACGGGAAACCACAAAACAAUCAACAGCUUCAAAUUCAAAAGCUUCAGUGUCAUCAAAUUCUUCUUCUUCUUCUUCAACUACAAAGAGUUCUUCAAGAAAGUGGAGGUUGAGGGAUUUCUUGCUGUUCAGAAGCGCAUCUGAGGGAAGAGCAGCGGAUAAAGAUCCUUUCAGGAUAAAGUAUCCAUCUUUCUUCAGGAAACCGGAAGAUGCAAAGACCACGAACUUCCGGUCCACAGACAGCUCCGGCUCAGUGUCGGCGUCAACAAGAAAGGGGCAAGUGUCGGCUCACGAACUGCAUUACACGAUGAAUAAAGCAGCAUCUGAAGAUUUGAAGAAGAAAACUUUCUUGCCAUAUAAGCAAGGCAUAUUGGGGAGACUGGCCUUUAAUCCUAAUGCCAAUGGCUUGGGAAAUCUCGCCCGUUAAACAAUCUUUAUACAUACUUAAUCCAUCAUAUUACAUGUUCUUUCAUUGAUAUCGACGAAAAAUUUGUAGAGCCAUAUGAAUUCUUUUGUUUUCUUUCUAUUCCUAGCAAUUGUAAAAGGAUAUUAAAUAUAACAAUAGCCAUAUUUAUCAAUUUUCCUUCAUUCGCAGA